UGGAGUGCUUGUGCCGCGGCGUGCUCCGUGUGACGCGAGGACUGCCGCCAUGACGGCGCCCGUCAUCUACUCGGUGUCGGACGUCAGCGACGAGCAGGCCGACACCCUGCGCCAGAAGUUCCUCAAGGCCGUACAGCGGGACGAUGUAAAAGAUCGUGUUCAUCCGGCCGACGUGCUGCGGGCACGGACAGACCCGCUCUGGUGCAAGCGGUACAUGGCCCACGGCGACCUGGACAUGGACAAGGCAUUCAACUUCAUGAUGGACUCGGUCAAGUUCCGCCACGCUAUGGGCGUUAAUGACAUGACGCAAGACUCGGUGCUGCCGGAGUUCUUCGGGCGAGGCUCGCUAACCAUCCACGGCCGGGACCGGGACGGCGCCAAGGUGAUGAUCUUCGACGCCAGCCUGCACGAGCGCACUUACGGCGAGCGCUUCGAGCGUGUCAAGCAGUUCCUCGUCUACUGGAUCGAGAAGAUGGAGAGGGAGGAGCACGGCAAGAGGAUUUCUAUCAUACUCGACAUGGGCAACGCCGGGCUCUCCAGCGUCGACCUUCCCUUCAUCCAGGUCCUGAUCAACAUGUUCAAGCUGUACUACCCGGACAUGCUCAACUACAUCAUCGUCUUCGAGAUGCCAUGGAUAAUGAACGCCGCCUGGAAGAUCAUCAAGCAGAUGCUCCCCCCGAAGUCGCACCAGAUCAUCAAGUUCGCCUCGAAGAAGGACAUUGCCACCCUCAUUCGGCCGGAGGACUGCCUGGAGCGGUGGGGAGGUGAAAACACGUGGACCUUCCAGUACCGACGAGAGGAGUGCGAGAUGCCACCGUCGCCAUUUUUGGGUCCCCGCAAUAACCAGGUUGACAAGCCGGAUGACGACGGUGCCAGCCAGAGCAGCGACGGGAGCGGCACCAGCCGGCCGCUCAGCGGACAGGGCAAUCUGCUCCACUACCACAGCCUGCUCGACAUCCCGAGCGCCGCCGGCGACAAGGCCAAGGUGACGCCUGGCACGAGCGCCAGCCAGGUGUCGGACGACAGCGGCGCCUCCAGUGAAGACUUGUCUGACCAGUCUCAGGAGGGCGCCGACGACACGGCCGUUGAGAUCGGCGGCCUGCUGAAGAUCUCGCCAGGUGACGAGAUCCAGUUCGCCAGCGACGCCGUCGAGGCCAGGCGACCACUCAUGCUGCGCAACAUUCGCCGCGGCCCGGUGGCCUUCAAGGUGAAGACGACGGCGCCCGAGAAGUUUCGCGUGCGCCCCUCGUGUGGCGUGGUGGCGCCGGGCCGGCGCGUGAGCGUCGAGCUCCGCUUGGCGCCCGGCGUGGCCGCGCACCAGGCGCUGGCUGAGAAGUUCCUGCUGGUGGCGGCGCCCAUUCAGCAACAGCAGGUCGUUGCCGACGACAUGGCCAGCGUCUGGAGGCUCCCGUGUGUCAGCGCCAGCUCUCGUGUGUAG